AUUACCAUCAUGAGAUAUAUAAGAUCUCUGACUACAGCAAUGAUGUUAAUGGGGAGACCAAAGAAACACAACCAGUUUUUUUAGGAGAUGAAAGCCGGGAAAUUAAAAAACAAAUUACAGGGAUGAGAAGAUUACUGAAUGACAGCACUGGAAGAAUCUAUCAACGAGUUGGCAAAGAAGGAGAAAAACUGAAGGAGGAGCCCCAAGAUUUAGACUUAGCCUGGGCCCAGCGCCUGAAUGCCCCUGCAGAGUCCCAGGCGAGCCUUCAUCCUUCACAGAGCGGUGCAUGGAAUGAAUUAACACCCCAAGCUAGCCAUUUUUCAGGGCAGUAUGGAACUCGAUCCAAAACGUUCCAAAAUCAAACGCGAACCGUGGCAUCCAAUGGAGAAAUCCCGAUGGUGAAUUCAUCAGUUGGACCAAACUGCUGUACAUGUAAUUGCCAGUCAACCCUACAGGCUAUUCUUCAAGAGCUCAAGACCAUGCGAAAAUUGAUGCAGAUUCAAGCAGUUGGGACUCAAAACAGACAGCAGCCUCCUGUUCCUCUGAUUUGCACGCAAAAGUCAACAAUAUCAAGAAAGAGAAAUAAAAAGAAAAAACUGCCCCUCAAAACUGUUGAACCAAUUACCAUGAAUAAGAAACCCAACACUGCAGAGAACGAAAAGAAGCUAUCAGCAAACUCAGAACGAUCAAGUCUGCAAGCAGUUGAACCCCCCCUAAAGCCAGAAACCCCUGUUUCAGGAUUUGGAAUUAUCCUUGAAUCGGCUUCAUCAGAUCCAGAAGUGCAACUUGCAGAAGGCUUUGAUGUCUUCAUGCCGAAAUCUCAGCUGGACUCUAUAUUAUCAAACUAUACUCGCUCAGGAAGUCUGCUCUUUAGGAAGCUGGUCUGUGCAUUUUUUGAUGACAAGACUUUGGCUAACUCUUUACCAAAUGGCAAAAGAAAAAGAGGGCUCAAUGACAACCGGAAAGGACUAGACCAAAAUAUUGUGGGUGCAAUAAAAGUCUUUACAGAAAAAUACUGCACUGCUAACCAUGUGGAUAAACUUCCUGGUCCUAGGGACUGGGUCCAGAUUCUUCAGGAUCAAAUUAAACUUGCAAGACGACGAUUAAAAAGAGGGUCAGCAGAGGCAACUGACUGUGAUGAGAAGCCGGACAUUUCUCUACUACAAACAGGUAACCUUUUCGACACCACAACAGAUCAUCUGAUAGACGCAAACCCAGAUUUUUCAGCUUGAAUUUCACAUCCUGCAUCAGUCGUCUUAGCGGAUAGAAACAUCCUCUUCUUUGAAUAAUGUUCCCGCAAGAUCGGCGCAAGAACUUCAGCAUACUGGCAAGACGUGGACAUCCGUACCAUUUUCUCUUCAAGUUUGUGUUGUUUCAUGCAUUUCCCAUGUAACCUCAAAUAACGAAACCGCCAGAUUGCUUCAUGAUGAUUUCUCUCCAUAUCCAAUGCAUUAUUUAAUUAGCGGGGUACCCACUCUGAAGACAUUCUCUUGCCUUUGUUUGUCCUCCACGAUUGUAUUUUUCCACGAUCGUAUGCUUGCCAGCAGUGUUUCAUCUUAAGCCACGCAGAG